CUGCCUUUAAACACAGUGCAGCAGUUCCGGGACAGAGCUGUCAGUCCCGCAGUGGGCAGGAAACUGCGUCCCGCACACACUGAGAGUGUCACCGGCAGUGCAGGACCAAAGCAAACAUGGAUUUGGAUGUAUUUAAUAUGAUCCUAAUAGCAGGAGGUACCCUUGCUAUUCCAAUAUUUGCCUUUAUAGCAUCUUUUUUUCUAUGGCCUGCGGCACUUAUCCAAAUUUAUUACUGGUACUGGCGCAGGGCCUUGGGGAUGACGGUUAAAUGUGUAAGCAAUGGGAACUACACGUUUUGUUACACAUACAGAGGAAGGCCGAAUUCCAAGCCCUCAAUAUUGAUGUUACAUGGAUUCUCUGCUCAUAAAGAUAUGUGGCUAACUGUAGUUAAGUUUCUUCCUAAGAACUUUCACCUGGUGUGUGUAGACAUGCCCGGCCAUGAAGGGACCACACGCUCUGCUCUAGAUGACUUCUCAGUCAAUGGGCAAGUCAGAAGGAUACACCAGUUUGUUGAAAGCAUCAAUCUGAACAAGAAGCCAUUCCAUCUGGUGGGCACAUCCAUGGGCGGUCACAUUGCUGGGGUUUACGCUGCGCAAUACCCAUCUGAUAUCUGCAGUCUGUCUCUCAUUUGUCCUGCAGGUAACUCCAGAGUUUCACAUUUGCUUCAUCCGUUGUGUAUUUCUCCAACAUUGGUCUUGCAAGGACUUGUUGAUGUCCGCAUUCCUCAUAAUGAAUUUUACAGAAAAUUAUUUUUAGCUUUAGUGGACGAGAAGUCACGACACAACCUACAUGAAAGUAUGACCAAAAUUGUUGUUCCAACACAAAUCAUUUGGGGAAAACAUGAUCAGGUGCUGGAUGUUUCUGGAGCCGAUGUUUUGGCAGAUUCUAUACCUGGCAGCCAAGUAGAAAUUCUGGAAAACUGUGGUCACUCAGUAGUAAUGGAAAGACCAAGAAAAACGGCCAAACUUAUAGUGGACUUUAUAUCUAAUCUACAAAACACAGAGAACAAUAAAAAACACGAAUGAAAUCCAGGAUGCAAGAGCACAACAAUAGUUUAUUUCUAUCUAUUGUAUUACUCUGAGUUACUCAGGGAUAUUGUAGAACUCAUAGGGGAAAAAAAACAGUUCCUAGUGAACUCAGUGUAUGAACUGGUAGCUAUAGGAUUUGAUACAUCUAUACACAGAUCUGUAGAACAGCAUACAGCUAAUUUAUAUAACACUAAAAUAUUCAAAACAUUGAUUUUUUAAGAUAUACAGUAUAUCCUAAUAAUUAGCUUUAAAGGGACACGAAAACCCCCCCAAAAAUUCUUAAGCAUCUUUCCAAUUUACUUCUAUUAUCUAAUUUGCUUUGUUCUCUUUGUAUCCUUUGUUCAAUGUGCAGCAAUGCAAUACUGGGAGCGAGUUAACGCAAUGGGUGAGCCAAUAGCAUGAGACAUAUAUGUGCAGCCACCAAUCAGCCGCUCCUGAGCCUACCUAGGUUUCCUAUUUAACAAGGGAUACCAAGACAACAAAACAAAUUAGAAAAAAAGAAUUAAAUUAGAAAGUUGAAUAAUAUCAAAUGCUCUCCUUGAAUCAUGAACGAAAAAAAAUGGGUUUCAUGUCCCUUUAAAGGUACAAUAUACACCAAUUUUUACAUAACUGCAUGUAAUAGACACUACUAUAAAGAAUAAGAUGCACAGAUACUGAUAUAAAAAUCCAGUAUAAAACCGUUUAAAAACUUACGUAGAAGCUCCCAGUUUAGCUCUCUUUAUAAGGUUACUGGAACACCCACUGCAAGUGGGCGAUAUCAGACACUCCCCCUUCCUUUGCAUAUGAAAAGACCCUUUACACAAACAGAAGCUGGAAUAGGUAUACGUUGGUAUUCUCCUAAAUCUUUGGGGCUUGGUUAGGAGUCUGAAAAUCAGAGCAAUGUUAUUUAAAAAUAAGCAAAACUAUACAUUUUUUAAAAAACAAAACUUUAUGGACUAUAUAAAUAGAUCAUCUACAAAACAUUUAUGCAAAGAAAAAUCUAGUGUAUAAUGUCCCUUUAAUGAAAAUUCUUAAUGCUAACGAGAUUAUAAAAUUCAGAUUUGUCAUUUACACCUCGUGGUAGACCAAUCAGGUACCUUACUUCAUGAUUCCAAAAUAUCUUUGAUUAUGCAGGCCUUGGCAUUUAUUUCGGAAUAAGUAGCGUGCAAUACUAAAGUGAAUGUACUGUAAUUAUUUCUACAACCACAAUGGGCAGUUACACAAUGUACUGUGAAAGCAAAUCUUCUUCAGAAUAAGAAUUUAUCUUAUACACAGCAUGCUGAAAGUAGUACUACUGUUUAAACAGAAUACAAUUCACUUGUAUUAUCUGCCUUCCAAUGUUGUGCUAUGCAGUUGCUUUGUCUAAAAAGGAAAAAAAAAUGUGUGAAAAACAUAGGAAUUAAAUAGAAUAUGUGAUGAAACUUUACAUUUUCAAUUCUCUGGGGCCGAUUUAUCAAAUGUCUGUGGAUCUGGUGAACUGCUUGUGCAAUGCCGCCCCUGCAGAUUCGCGGCCAAUCGGCCGCUAGCAGGGGGUGUCGAUCAACCCUAUCGUACACGAUCAGGCGAAUUGAUGUCUCAGCCUCAGAGGCCAUUCGGCCCUUGAUAAAUCUGCCCCUCGAAGUCCAUAUUUGUGGCAACAAAGCAAUCAUUGCAUACUGUAGAAGCUUCAGAUAAUUGUUGAAAUCAUUCCAUAAAAAAUCCCUUUCAUGUGGCCUGCAUGGAAACUUUGUAACUUAGCUCACUGUGAAAAUACUGAACUUUUCUUACACCAGGCUAUAAAGGAAAUUACAACUGAGGAAAUUUGUUCCAAAGAUUUUUGGUUCCUUUUUUUUUGGCUUGUAAAUAUUUAUAGUAUGUACUGAAAACAUUACUACACCACCCUGAGGUACUUGUGCGCAUAAUCUUCCAAACUCCACGGGUUAUCCUGUAUCCCCUGAGAUUUGAAAUGAAUCUACAUAUUAUUAUGCAGGGAUGACAUUGUGCUGCUAAUCAUUUUGGGAGAGACAUAAAUAAAAAAAGAUGUAAAAAUCAAAA